AUGGCUUCCCCUCCCUGUCCCAGCGCCGACUACGAGGCGAGGGCUCUGGCGCUGGAGCAAUGCGAGCGGGAGCUCGACGCGGUGGUCCAGAGCAUGCUCAACCUCAACCUCGUUGACAGUGGAGACGACGACGUCGGAGACGCCACCGCCGCCGCCGACAUGGACGGCAGCAUCCACCAGAAUCAGCAGCUCGCCGCCGCCGGCGGCGCGGGCGCAGAGGACCGCGCCUGCUGGGUCCAGGCCAUGGUGAGCGAGAUGCUGAGCGCCACCUCCAUGGACGACGCCAGGGAGCGCUGCCUCAGGGUGCUCGACGCGUACGGGAGCGCCGUCGUCGAAGAUUCCUCCCGCGCCGGGGCCGCCGCGUCGGCGCAGAUCGCGCUCCUCAGGAAGGCGGUGCUGUUCCACCACCGGCUGCGCGUGGCGCAGGAGGCGGAGAAGACGAAGCUCCGGCUGGAGGUCGACGGCUACAGGGAGAAGGUGAGGCAGCUGGAGGCGACCAACUACGCGCUGUCCUUACACCUCAGGCUGGCCGACCUGCACCGCGGCGGCGGCGGCAUGCCCCCCGGCCCCGGCAACCCAGAGAUUUUCUGAGCUCGCCGGUCGCCGCGGCCUGCACUGCACUGCAUU